AUGCUAUCGACAACCACAAUAUCGCAUAACAUCCACUCGGCUUCACCUAUAGCCCAGCUAGGGCGAGCUGCAUUCCCUCUCGCUCAUACCAGGAGUGCGAUUCCAAGACAACACGCGGCGCUCUGGGUUGGGUCAGCCAACUACUCAUCCACAGCAGGGACGCCGUCACGCCCAUUCUCAUCAAAAACCCAGCCCCAUCCUAUCGCGCCGUUCAGUUUCAUCAACCCAGUCCCUCACAAUGCGGCCAAGCUGGCUUCAGCACGAGAAUUCUCGACAACACGUAUAGCGAAGCUCCGUGAUUUUUUCCCGCCCCAGGAGACCAAGUUUAUUCGACAGACACCGCCCGCCUGGGUGCACCAUGGCUAUACCGAGGCCGAAAUGGUGAAUGUCGAAACCGCACAUCGAGAACCAAAGAACAUGGGUGACUGGUUUGCCUGGAAACUCAUCAGAUUCUGUCGAGUUUGCAUGGAUCUCGCGACCGGUCUCCGUCCGGAACAACAAGUCGAUAAGAAGAAUCCCACCACAGCAGUUGAGGCAGCCAAGCCAUUAACGGAGGCACAAUGGCUCGUACGUUUUGUAUUUCUCGAAUCCAUUGCCGGCGUUCCUGGCAUGGUUGCUGGUAUGCUGCGACAUCUUCGGUCUCUCCGACGGAUGAAGCGCGACAACGGCUGGAUUGAGACGCUAUUGGAGGAGUCAUACAACGAACGAAUGCACCUCCUAACUUUCAUGAAGAUGUGCGAGCCAGGUUGGUUCAUGAAGACCAUGAUCCUGGGUGCCCAAGGCGUGUUUUUCAACGCAUUAUUCUUCUCAUACCUGAUUUCGCCAAAGAUUUGCCAUCGUUUUGUUGGCUAUCUGGAGGAGGAAGCAGUGCACACUUAUACCAGAUGCAUCCGCGAGAUCGACCAGGGAAUGCUGGAGAAGUGGAGUGACCCAGACUUCAAAAUCCCCGACAUGGCGGUGCAAUAUUGGAACAUGCCCGAGGGAAAGAGAACCAUGAAAGAUCUCAUCAUGUACAUCAGAGCCGACGAAGCGGUCCACAGAGGUGUCAACCACACACUGAGCAACUUGAACUACAAAGAGGAUCCGAACCCGUUUGUCAGCGAUUACAAGACCGAGAGUUCAGGCCACAAACCCAAGGCGGUACUGAAGCCUGCCGGGUAUGAACGAAACGAGGUUAUUGGUUAG